CUCUUCUACAGCCUCAUUCCAGCGGUCAUGGCCUUCAAGCAGCUCAUCGUCGCAAUUUCCAUCGCGCUCUCUCUCCAGGUCACUCAAGCUGUCGUGCUGAAGGACAAGCGCGCCACCUGCUCAAACGGUGCCAGCGUCGGCGACGAAUCGUGCUGCGCAUGGUUCGACGUCCUCGACGACAUCCAGCAGAACCUCUUCAACGGAGGCCAAUGCGGCGCUGAAGCCCACGAGUCCAUCCGACUCGUCUUCCACGACUCCAUCGCCAUCUCUCCUGCAAUGGAGGCACAGGGGAAGUUUGGUGGUGGAGGUGCCGACGGCUCCAUCAUUCUCUUCGAUGAGAUUGAGACCGCAUUCCACCCGAACAUCGGUCUCGACGAAGUCGUCAAUCUUCAGAAGCCAUUCAUCGCUAAACACGGUGUCACCCCCGGCGAUUUUAUUGCCUUCGCCGGUGCAGUCGCCAUGAGCAACUGCCCCGGUGCCCCGCAGAUGAACUUCUUCACUGGUCGCGCUCCUGCUACCCAAGCCGCGCCCGAUGGUCUCGUUCCCGAGCCGUUCCACACUGUCGACCAGAUCAUUGACCGUGUCAACGAUGCCGGCCAGUUCGAUGAGCUCGAGCUUGUCUGGAUGCUCUCGGCCCACUCUGUCGCGGCCUCCAACGACGUCGACCCGACUGUCCAAGGCCUGCCGUUCGACUCCACUCCCGGCGUCUUUGACUCCCAGUUCUUCGUCGAGACCCAGCUACGCGGUGUGCUCUUCCCCGGCUCUGGGGGCAACCAAGGCGAGGUCGAGUCUGGACUCGCGGGUGAAAUCCGUCUUCAGUCCGACCAUACCCUCGCGCGCGACUCGCGCACGGCCUGCGAGUGGCAGUCCUUUGUCAACAACCAGUCGAAGCUGACGAGCGACUUCCAGUUCAUCUUCCUCGCGCUCACACAGCUCGGCCAGAACCCGGACGCGAUGACCGACUGCUCGGCCGUCAUUCCGAUCUCCAAGCCCAUCCCCGGCAACGGCCCGUUCUCGUUCUUCCCCGCCGGCAAGACCAGCGCCGACGUCGAGCAGGCUUGCGCGUCCACCCCCUUCCCGAGCCUCACGACUCUCCCUGGCCCCACGACUUCGGUCGCUCGCAUCCCCCCGCCUCCCGGUGCUUAAGCCAUAACCACGGUCGCGACGGCUAUAACGGUCACUUCGGAAUACGGCUGGAUUGUACAUCAGGCUAGAAAAGUUUUUUGUAUAUCUACUUUGACUCUUUUUCUGCGCGAUGAGAGUCACACACGUAAUGAUCAUUGUGCAUG